AUGAGACAGGCUUUAGUUAACGAACGGGAGCUUGUGAACCAAGUUUUAGCCCCUAAACUGAACGACAAGGGCGGGAAUCAAAGGAAACGGGCAAGGAGCUCACCAGCGGAUAGCCCCGAUCUUCCUGAAUUGGCCAAUCAGUCUCUGUCAGAUGUCGAGCAGAAGGUCGAGGACAGGGCCACCCAGAUGACACCCCCUACUGAGCACACUCCAGCUCUAAAGAAGCGCCCUCAGCAAACCAGGGAGCUUGCCUCUCUCCCAACGGUUGACGGAAGCAGCUCUAUGAACUCUGCUGUGGCACCAUCAAAUGUGGCAAGAAAUCGAAAGGUUGCUGACCCUGCUCCGGCGAGGGAGGUUCGUGGAAAGGCCCCCCCUGUUUCAAAGAAACCCAGGCCGAGAAAGCCCAGGGCUGAGGCAAUCCUGAUCAACCCCUUAGGGGGGCGAUCUUUUGCUGAAGUCUUGGGUCGACUCAAGUCUAAGGCCAAACCAGAGGAGACGGAUACGAUUGUUAAGUCAAUCAGGUGUACCCAGAAUGGGAAAGUUCUCCUCGAGCUGGGGAAAUCUGGUGACCGAGUGGCUUUUGCUGCAAAGGUCAGAGAGGCUCUGGGGGACCACGGUACCGUUCGGGAACUCGAGCCUAGGACCUCGGUGGAGAUCCGGGACCUUGACGGUCUUUCGACUGAGGCUGAAGUCAGGGAGGCUAUCAACAAGGCCAUCCCUGAUAUUCAAAAUGCUGACUCCCUUAAAGUAUGGCUUACGCGGCCCAACCGCAGUGAGCAACGCAUAGCUAUCGCUGAAAUGCGAAACCAAGAUGCCAGCAAGCUGCUUAAUCUCAUACACCUGAGAAUUGGAUGGGUCAAUUGCAGGCUCAGACGGAGGGUGGUUGUACCGCGAUGCUUUCGCUGCCUCGGGUUUGGUCACUCUUCCCGAAACUGUAAGGGACCCGACCUAUCCAAGAAUUGUUUCAGGUGUGGCGGCUCGGGCCACAACAGGAAGAACUGUACCGCAGCAGAGCGUUGUUUUCUCUGCGCAGAGAAAGGCCAAAAGGACGCCUCAUUAGGUCACAUCCCAGGGGCUGGGCGAUGCAGUGUUUUCAAGGCUGCACUCGACCUUGAGAAGGCUAGGUCUAGGAACACGGAAGCACCAGUGCGAGAUCACGGACGCGGCCGAGGCUUCGUUUGGGUCAGGUGUAGGGACGUCACGUUUUUUAGUGUCUACCUUACCCCCAACGAGCCAAUUCGGGAAUUCCGUCUGAAGAUUGACCGCUUAGAAGACAGUGUACGGGGUACCGUUGGGCAUGUCGUUGUUGCUGGUGAUUUUAAUGCGAGGGCUGUGGAGUGGGGUAUGACCUCUACAAACUCCCGGGGGAAAUACAUCCUGGACUUUGCCGCCAGGGCCGGACUUGUCGUCUUAAACGAGGGCGACACGCCUACUUUCCGGCGCCCCGGCAUGAGAGGUACGAUCCCCGAUAUCUCCUUCUCGUCGGAAUCACUACUAGCACGGAUCUCCAACUGGAGAGUCAUCGAAGACCUCACGGCAAGUGAUCAUCAGUACAUCGUUUUUGAUAUACUGGAUGAACACCAUAAUCAGGCGCCUGUAUCACGAUCUGGACCACGCCGAUGGAAUACGGACAAUCUGGAUGUUGAGAAGUUCACUGACGUAAUCUCACGGGGAGCGCUGGUGAAUUCUGCUGCACCUGUUGACGCCGAGGCAUUGGUAUCGUCCACGAUGGAACUGAUUGUCUCGGCUUGUGACCAGGCCAUGCCACGCAGGGGACGCCGUCGCGAUAAGCAAGCUGUGUACUGGUGGACUUUAGAGAUCUCGAACCUUCGGAAAGCUUGUCUGAAAGCCAGACGUGCCGCUAUGAGGGCCAGAAGAUUCCCGGAUUUCGAGGCUAAGUCAGCGGCUUAUAGGGCUGCGAAGAAAGCUCUUCGUCGGGCUAUCACCAGGAGCAAGGUUAGCUGUUGGAGGAGGCUUCAGGAGGAUGUUGACUCUGAUCCUUGGGGACUGGGCUACAAGGUUGUAACCCAGAAACUCGGCGCCCGAUCACCACCUUCCGUCAUGGAGGGCACCACCAUUAACAGGAUCGUCACCGCCCUCUUUCCGUCUCAUCCUCGGCGGCCUUUUUUCGACUAUGGCGAGGUAGGGGACAUUCCACUCUUUAGCAUUAAAGAGCUGGAAUCAUCUGUCCUCUCCCUGAAAAAUAGAAAGGCGCCUGGUCCUGAUGGUAUUCCCAGUGAGGCUCUCAAGAAGGUAUUCUCAGUUAACCCCCUCUUACUGCUGAGAAUGUACAACACAUGCCUGUGCGAAGGGGUUUUCCCAACUCCUUGGAAAAGGGCUAGGCUUGUGCUAAUCAGCAAGGGGAAAGGUGACCCGAAUAUGCCGUCGUCUUACAGACCCCUCUGUAUGUUGGAUGUGGCCGGAAAACUCUUCGAGAAACUGAUCCGCUGCCGCCUGACGUCUGCCGUGGAAGCUGCCGGAGAUUUGUCUCCUCGUCAGUAA